UCGCUGCAGCCUCCGCAGCGGCGCGGGCAGCGGGCGAGCGCCCCCCGGGCCUGGGCCAGCCCGCCACCGCCAGCGACACCGCCACCGCCCCCGGCGCUGCGUUUCCUCCCGGCCAGCUCCGCCCGCUGCGGCCAGUGCGGCGCGGACCUGGGCUGUGGCGGGAGGGAAGAUGCCACAGCCCGAGUCCCAGAAGGCCGGGAUCCUGUGUUGCCGGCGUGGGGAUUCGCCAGAGGACCUUUCCGGGAUCUUCCCCUUCACCUUGAGGACCUGGUGGGGUUCCUGGAGGUAAAGCCCACAGAAGAGUGCCCGCCCCCCAAGACGGCACCCGGAGGUCUGACUCCCACGCCCGAUUGCACCGAGCCUCUCGCACCAGCGCCCGGCUCCAGAGGCCUUCGCCCCAGGACCCGAGGAUGGCCCCUCGGCGGCGCUAGGGCUACAAUGGGAAGCGCCACCGCCCGCUACUUCUGCUACGGGUGCCUGUUCACCUCCGCGGCCUGGACGGCCCUGCUCUUCGUGUACUUCAACUUCAGCGACGUGACCCAGCCGCCCCGGCACGCGCCCGUCAAGGGGUCGGGGCCCCACGGGCCAUUCCCCAGGAGGCUCCAGCCGCGCCUCACGCGGGGCCCCGGCCGGGCGCCGGAGGAGCAGCAGCCCCAAGCCCACGGGGCCGGGGGCGGGGCAGACGGCCGCGCCGAAGGGGCAGAGGGAGGCACCGCGAAGUCCUCGUCCGAACUGGGCAUGAUCUUCAACGAGCAUGACCAGGAGCUGCGAGACGCCGGCUACCAGAAGCACGCCUUCAACAUGCUCAUCAGCAACCGCCUGGGCCCCCGCAGGGACGUGCCGGACACUCGGAGCGCAGCGUGCAAGGACAAGGUGUACCCCGCGGACCUGCCGGUGGCCAGCGUCGUCAUCUGCUUCUACAACGAAGCCUUGUCCGCCCUGCUCCGGACGGUGCACAGCGUCCUGGACCGCACGCCGGCCCGGCUCCUCCACGAGGUCAUCCUCGUGGACGACGACAGCGACUUCGAUGAUCUGAAAGGACAGCUAGAUGAAUUCGUGCAGACACAGCUCCCGGGGAAAAUCAAAGUGAUAAGAAACACGAAGCGCGAGGGGUUAAUUCGCGGAAGGAUGAUUGGAGCGGCCCACGCAACAGGGGACGUGCUGGUGUUCCUGGACAGCCACUGCGAGGUGAACGUGAUGUGGCUGCAGCCCCUGCUGGCCGCCAUCCGGGAGGACCGGCGCACGGUUGUGUGCCCGGUGAUCGACAUCAUCAGCGCGGACACGCUGGCCUACAGCUCGUCCCCCGUGGUGCGGGGCGGCUUCAACUGGGGGCUGCACUUCAAGUGGGACCUUGUUCCCCCCUCUGAGCUCGGGGGGCCGGGAGGAGCUACUGCACCCAUAAAGUCGCCCACGAUGGCCGGAGGGCUGUUCGCCAUGAACAGGGAGUACUUCGACGAGCUCGGGCGGUACGACAGCGGCAUGGACAUCUGGGGCGGGGAGAACCUGGAGAUAUCGUUUCGGAUCUGGAUGUGUGGCGGUAAACUCUUCAUCAUCCCUUGCUCUAGAGUCGGGCACAUUUUCCGGAAGCGGCGGCCCUACGGCUCCCCGGAAGGCCGGGACACCAUGACGCACAACUCGCUGCGGCUGGCGCACGUCUGGCUGGACGAGUACAAGGAGCAGUACUUCUCCCUGCGGCCCGACCUGAGGACCAGAAGCUACGGGAACGUCAGCGAGCGCGUGGAGCUGAGGCGGCGGCUGGGCUGCAAGUCGUUCAAGUGGUACCUGGACCACAUCUACCCGGAGAUGCAGGUCUCCGGGCCCAACGCCAGGGCCCAGCAGCCCCUCUUCGUCAACAGAGGGCCGAAGCGGCCCCGGGUGCUGCGGCGCGGCCGGCUCUACCACCCCCAGACCGGCAGGUGCCUGGUGGCCCAGGGCCGCCCGAGUCAGAAGGGGGGCCUCGUGGUGCUGAAGGCGUGUGACUACAGCGACCCCAACCAGGUCUGGAUUUAUAACGAAGAGCACGAGCGUUUAAGCAACCUCCUCUGCCUGGACAUGUCGGAGACCCGCUCGUCGGACCCACCUCGACUCAUGAAGUGCCACGGGUCCGGGGGCUCCCAGCAGUGGACCUUCGGGAAGAGCAGUCGGCUGUACCAGGUGUCAGUUGGGCAGUGCCUGAAAGCGGUGGACCCGCUGAGUCACAAAGGCUUCGUUGCCAUGGCAAUCUGUGACGGCUCCUCCUCUCAGCAGUGGCACCUGGAAGGUUAAGGUGGACCCCGUGCUGGGAUGUGGGUGUGAGCUGCCGUCCCCCUGGGGGGCAGCCUGGGGAGAUGGGGGGCAGCACCGGGUGACCGGCGGGAGGGGAGGACUCGGGUGCCACCAGGACACCGAGGUCCCUUCUAGGCUGCUGUUAAGGACUUGCGUGCUCACUGUAGAAAACCAGAGUGCAGUUGUAA